CCCCACGUGAUCAAUAUUGUAAAGAUGGCGACGUACUUGCGCUUUGCGCCCGGCUGUCAAUCUGUCAAUAGUAGUAGGGUCAAUUAAAGAUCGCUACCUGCCUUUAGAGAGAUGCGCGCGUUCUAAGAAAAUUAUUUAAAUAUAUUUCAAGCGCACGUAAGCGCGCAGUUGAGUUAUAAGCGUGAGAUGAUAUCAACGCGAUACGUAUCGUUCCUGUCGGGAAUAGUGAUAGCCUCUCUAACAUGGGCGUUCAGUUUGUAUCUUUACUCAAGGCUGUCGGAAAAUGCUAUCACUGCCAGUCCUACGAUAUUGGUGCCUGGGAUUGGCGUUUCCACGCGUGGCGAAAGGAUCGACAAGGAGAUGAUGCUACGCGACAAUGUUGUCGUUGCGCGCAACGAGAAGCAAAUCUUGGUUGGUAAGGAAGCCUACAACUUCAAGGGCAAUCAAAAUCUCAGGAACAACGAUCUGCUCUUCCAGCAACUGCAGCCUGCACCGGUAAAACCUGCAGUCACUUUGGAUCAAGGUUUAGAUGAAUUAGGCAUGGUAAAAAAUUUGGAGGAUCAACGAAAGAGAGACGAGGGUUAUAAGAACUAUGCCUUUAACGUUCUGAUAUCAGACAAUCUCGGUGUGCGAAGAAAUAUACCGGACACGAGACACAAAUUGUGCGGAGCGCAAAAAUAUCCUACCACGUUGCCAAAUGCCAGUAUAAUCAUCUGUUUUUACAACGAACAUUAUACGACCCUGUUGCGAUCCUUGCAUACCGUGCUCGAGAGAACGCCAGCGACGCUUCUGCAUGAAAUUAUCUUAGUCAACGAUUAUAGCGACAGCGAUACGUUGCACGAAAAGAUAAAAGUAUAUAUUAAAAACAAUUUCAAUGACGGAAUACGCGUGUUCAAGACCGAGAGAAGGGAAGGUUUGAUCAGAGCGCGGGUGUUUGGAGCUAGGAAAGCGACCGGCAAAGUUUUGAUCUUUUUGGACAGUCACAUAGAAGUAAACGAAAUGUGGAUAGAGCCACUUCUCUCAAGGAUCGCUUACUCGAGAAAUAUCGUACCGAUGCCCGUGAUCGAUAUUAUAAAUGCAGAUACGUUUCAGUACACUGGGAGUCCCUUAGUGAGAGGUGGCUUUAAUUGGGGUCUCCAUUUUAAAUGGGACACGUUACCACUUGGAACAUUAAAAUAUGACGACGAUUUUGUAAAGCCCAUCAAAUCGCCGACUAUGGCCGGAGGAUUGUUCGCUAUUGAUAGAGAAUAUUUUACAAAAAUGGGAGAAUACGAUGUCGGUAUGGACGUUUGGGGUGGAGAGAAUCUUGAAAUAUCAUUUCGAAUAUGGAUGUGUGGUGGCAGUAUCGAGCUUAUUCCCUGUUCGCGAGUAGGUCAUGUAUUUAGAAGACGACGGCCGUACGGUUCGGACGAUCCGCAUGACACCAUGUUAAAGAAUUCUUUGCGAGUCGCGCACGUGUGGAUGGAUGAAUACAAAGAUUACUUUCUGAAAAACGCUAAAACGAUUGAUUAUGGCGAUAUCUCAGAACGAUUAGCGUUGCGCCAGAGAUUAAAGUGCAAAACAUUCGACUGGUACUUGAAGGUGGUUUAUCCUGAAUUAACAUUGCCAGAUGAUACGGAAAGGCGACUGAAGGAUAAAUGGGCCAAGCUUGAUCAAAGACCGAUGCAACCUUGGCAUUCGAGGAAGAGGAAUUAUACCGAUCAGUAUCAAAUCAGACUUUCAAAUACCGCGUUCUGUAUCCAGAGUGAAAAGGAUAUCAAGACUAAAGGCUCGAAACUUAUUUUAAUGCCUUGUUUAAGAAUUAAAUCACAGAUGUGGUAUGAGACCGAUAAAAAUGAACUGGUACUUGGUCAGAUGCUUUGCAUGGAAGGAGCCGAGAAGAUUCCAAAACUUGGAAAGUGUCAUGAGAUGGGAGGAAGCCAAGAUUGGCGUCAUAAGCGCGUUAAUGGCACACCUAUCUACAACAUGGCAACAGGAACCUGUUUAGGAGCGAUGCGCGAUGUAAGAAACAGUCCGCUUAUCAUGGAUUUAUGUACGAGAUCGAAUACUUCAUUGAUAACGUGGGAUCUCAUUCGGUCAAAAGCUCCAUCCAAGGAAAUCAGAUGACAUAGGAAGAAAAGUCGUAAAAAUAGAAAAAAGAAUUCCGAAGACUGGCUUGGAAGAAAAUGGUAGCUUCUUUGAUAAAUUGUAUAUACUCGAAAAAUGAUUGUAAUUAGAAGUAGGAUAUCUCACAUGCGUCGAACUUUAAAGUAAUUUUGCCCAAUACAGAAGAGAGAGAGAGAGAGAGAGACAUAUUAAUUAAGUAGAGUUUUAAAACAGUUGAAAGUAUCGUAAUUGUAUAGGAAAAACUAUUGUAAAGGAUUAAAUUUAUUGGAUAUGUGUAUAUACAAAUAUUAACAACUUUUUUCACUUUAUAUAAUGGUAAAUAUAAGUUUCCUAUUUACAUUUGAUAAAGAUUCUGUGUAACGUUUAAGUUAUAACAAUAUGCUCUCUGUAUUAUAUUUUUGCAUAAUAUUGUAAGAAAACAGUCUAUUGACAAAUGCGCAGAGAUUUCUAG